UCACAUGAUAGAGCUGUGAGUGUCAGAGGCAGGAAGAUGGCGGCUGGUCAGUUUGUGUUGCAGCUCUCCGCUCUGCUGCUGGUGGGGUUGCCAUGGCAGGUGACUUCCUCCCAGCAAGUGCCCGUCCUGCUGUGGUCCAGCGAGAGUUCCCUGUGGAACAACGAGCCCAUCACACAUGGAGGUCAUGUGACAACUGAUCGCCAGCUGGGUCAGUACCUGGACUCUGCCCUGAGUAGUGGACCCCGGAAUGUCUUGAUUUUCCUCCAAGAUAAGCUGAGCGUUGAAGACUUUACAGCUUUUGGAGGAGUCUAUGGCAACAAGCAGGACAGCGCUUUUCCCAAUCUAGAAAGCAUUAUGGAGUCCUCACCUUCUUCCCUGGUGCUGCCUUCAGUGGACUGGUAUGCUGCCAACAUCCUUCCCACCUACCUUAAGGAGAAACUGGGUGUCAGCCCACUUCAUGUGGAUCAGUCUACCCUAUUAGAGCUGAGACUGAAUAAAAGCAUCCCAUCGUUGCUUGUCGUAAGGUUACCCUAUGCUAGUAGUAAUGGAGUAAUGGCAGCCAAAGAUGUCCUCCGAGCCAAUGAUGAAGUCAUUGGACAAGUCUUGAGCACGCUAAAAUCAGAGGGUGUGCCUUAUACUGCUCUUCUCACAGCUCUCAGGCCAUCUAGGGUGAGCACAGAGACUGAUUUUGGGGUGGCUAAUCUGAGGCGUCAGCUGCUGGCCGCAGAUACUCCAAAAUAUCCACCUGUGUCUUUCAAUAACACGGAGAACACCCCGUGUAUCCUGUUUUGGGCCGUUAACAUAACCCUACACAUUGAAAACACUGUAAGGGAUCUCACUGGGAGUACCUUCUCUAGAACAGACCCACAACUUACUGAAGGCUCCAGCUGCAACCUUACUGACUCAAGGCUAGUCCUCAAUUAUGAAAAUGGAUUGAAAAUGAUAUUCCAUAUGGGCAACCGCCGGUACAGCGUGUCAGGACGCAAUUGGACCACUUUGAACCGCAUAGAGGUUUUUAACGAAACUCACAAUGCUACAUUCAUCGCUCCCCAAGCAAACAUGCCCAGCAUCUAUUCCUUCCACUGCCAGUAUGUCAGCAGUCUUUCCACAUUUGGUCCAAUCCUGAUCAAUAACAGCAGCCGAGACUCUCCCGGAACAAAGUGGAAUCUCCACAUCACCGAAUUCCAGAUCCAGGGCUUCGACGUCACCGGUCUCAAGUUUGCCUACGCCAGCGACUGUGCCGGCUUCUUCUCUCCUGGCAUCUGGAUGGGGCUCGUCACCACGCUGCUCUUUGUCUUCAUCCUGACCUAUGGGCUGCACAUGGUUAUGAGUCUGAAGACCAUGGAUCGCUUUGACGAUCCUAAAGGACCUUCUAUCGCUGUACCCCAGACUGACUGACCCUCCUGUUCCUACACAAGUCCAUCUAGCGAUCUGCCAUACCUGAACGUCCUUUUGAUUUCCAUUCAUCUCUACAUCCCCACUGCACCUACAUUCCAGACUUUUCUUUUGGGCUUCUGUACAUGUCUACGUGUGUGUGUGUGUGUGUGUGUAUGGUCUUAUGCAAGAGCUGAUGGGAUGUUCUGUACAUACACUUCACAGAAAUUUAAAAAGCUCAUCGGGCAAUAAGUUCAUGAGGGAAUGUGAACAGACCUUCUUUUCUUUACUUUAAUAGAACUUUGGUAGGUAAUGCUUCUGUUUUAAAACUUUUCUUUGAUUUUCAAUGAGUGAAGGAGUGCAUCCUAAUGCCUAAAUGAGCAUCCAGCUUGUCAGUUCACUACUGUAACUACACUUGGGCAUUGGUAGGGUUCAUACAUGUUUAGUAUGCUAGUAAAUUGGAUUUUAAUCAUAAAUCAUGACCUAGCAAGUUGGCUGACAGGAAAAGAGCAAUCUCUCUUAAAAAAAAAAAAAAAAAAAAAAAAAAAAAA